AUGAAUAAAACAAUUAUUACCUAAGAAAUUUGUUAUUAAAUCUUCAAAAUUUAAGCUUCUUAUAAAUCCUUUUCAGGUAUAAUUAUUAAAUCAUCACAAUAGAUCCUCUUUUAAAUUUAAUUUUGAUGAACUAAGUUAGUAUUUGGUUUUAUAUAAUUGGAUGUUCAAUCUCCUUAAUUUUGGACACUUGCUUAUUAAUUAUCUUCUUAUAUAAAAGUUAAUUAAGAUAAAGUCCAGGGGAUAUUUUUUUAGGCAGUUUUAUAUUUGAAAUUCUUAUGGCGAUAUAGUGGUAUAUAUCUGCAAUUUCUUCUUAAGAAAAGAAACCUUUAGCGAAUAAUUCAUUAGAAUGUUCGUUUGCUGCAGCUUUGACCUUGAUUUCACGUAUUAAUAAUUCACUUAUGCUUCAUUUAGACUUAGGAUAAUAUUUUUAUAUAUUGGCAUUUUUCUAUUUUCUAACAAGAUAAGUAAAAACCAGUUUCAAAGCUAAAAAUAACAUUUAAUGGUUAAUACAUCUAGGAGUCAUAAUAUUGACAUUGAUAAUUUGUGUUAUAGUGUUUUCUUUGAGUUUGACAGGCAAAAAUGUUGAUGGAAAAUGCUCGAUUGUUACAUCCUUGUUGGCAGAGUAAAUUUAAUGAUUUACAUAGUUAUGUCAUAACCUUAGGAUAUACUCUAACAAUAUUAAUAUACAUCUCAAUUGGUGGAUAUUCAAUUUAUUAUAUCAAAAAGAACAUUCCAAACUAAUAUAAAGAAAGAGCAUAAAAAUUUCUAAAAUUUAGUUUCAUUUAUUUUUUAACUUAUCUUAUUUUAAUAAUUUCAGCAUAAUUGGUUGAAUUAUUAGCUAGUUUAAGUUGUACAUAUCAAUGGGACUUGAGAUUGAAUGCAAUGUAUGACACAGCAGCAUUUUUUGAUAUUCUGAUACUUAUACUUUUACCUAUAAUUAGAAUUAAUGAUCCUUACACUAAAAGAAUAUUGUUAAAGAUGUUUGGAUAUAAAAAGAAAUAAAAAUAAAUCAUAGAAGAGAAUGAACUAGAAUUAUCUAAAAAUAAUAGUAGUGUUGAUUAAGAUAUUAGUCUUCUAACUAGUGGUAUUACAUAGAGAUAAUCAGAAUUAAUAAUAAAUAGAGAAAAAUCUUAAACAGAUGAUAAUCCAUUUGUUAAUGUACUUCAAAAUAAAAAGAGAGGGUAAAUUAUGUGUAAAAUGAUUGCAGGACUUUAAAUUGAUUAAUAUUCUAAAUACAAUUCAUUAGAUAUAGAAAUUGUCAAUCAGAAAUCUGAUAAUAUUUAUGAGGAAAAAAAGAUUUAUAAAUUUCUUAAUGAUUAAAUCAUUACAACUAUGCCUUAUAAUUUAUGUUAAGAUUUUAUUUCUUUAGUUGAAGAUUAUCCAUAAAUAAAGGUAGUUUCAUAUACUCCCAUAAUAUUUCAUGCAAUUAUGAAUAGAGAAAAUGAUAAAUUGGAUAUUUAUGAAUCUCUCAAUAUUAAUAAUAAUUUUGAGAAGAUCACAAAUGCCAGUAAAAAUGAAGGAGGCAAAUCAGGAUAGUUUUUCUUUUAUUCUCAAGAUAAUUAAUUGAUUAUUAAAACAGUUACUUAAUAAGAAUUAAAAAUCAUACUUUCUAUGCUCAAAAAUUAUUUUUAAUACAUUUUAUCUAAUCCAAAUACAUUAAUAGCUAAAAUCUAUGGUGUUUUCACUUUUGAAUAAGAAAAUCAAAAAAAUAUUAACAUAAUUGUUAUGAGAAAUAUUGCAAAAACUUCCAAUACAUUUAGAAUCUAUGAUCUUAAAGGCUCUAGUUAUGAUAGAGAAGUAGCAAAAAAAGAUACUAAUUUAUAGAAGGUUGUACUAAAAGAUUUAGAUUUCUUGAAUAUUGAAAAAUAUUUAUAUAUUUCCCAAGAAGAUGCUAGUUAUAUUGCAGAAAAUGCUAUUAAAGAUUCGAAUUUCUUUAAGUCUUAAGGAUUAAUUGAUUAUUCUUUAAUUGUUUUUAAGAUUCUUAAUGAAAAAAAUUAAAAUCUAAUUCCAAAAAAUCAAGCAAACACUUUUAUGUGUGAUGAUAUAAGAUAUAGAUAUCAUAUUGGUAUUAUUGAUUAUUUGUAAGAGUAUAAUGUAUAGAAGUAAUUUGAAAAAUAUUCAAAAAAAAUUAUUAAACUUAAUUAAAAUUUAGAUACUAGUUCACAGGAUCCUAAAAUUUAUGCUAAUAGAUUUUAAUAAUUUAUUAGAAGAAUCACUAAACAUGAAUGA